CACAAAUUGUACGCCAUGCGAAUGUCCUGCGCAGCCGGUGCGACCGUCUUGGCCGUUGGGCUCUCCUACGUUGGGGUGGCGUGGUUGUUCUGCAUGCAUGCUCCGCUUGCGUAUAUGGACGAAGUCUUUCACUUUCCGCAGACCCAGCGCUACUGCGAGGGACGUUGGGAUGUUUGGGACCCCAAGAUCACAACAUUUCCUGGUCUUUACAUUGUUGGAACGUGGCUUGGCACUGCGGUUCACUUCACCCAGUCAUUCGUUCAGCACGAUUCACCGCUCUGUUCGUUGACUGUGCUCCGCAGUGCCAACGUCCUUUUCAGCCUCGGCAGCCUCUUCUUGAUCGUCAAAUUGCGCUCCAUGAAGUAUUCGGCUAGCACGGCCACGACAGGGAUCGUCCACGGAGUCGCGAUUGCUCUGUUUCCUGUCCAUUACUUCUUCUCUUUCUUGUACUACACGGACGCUGGAGCUCUCUUCUUCGUCCUCGUCAUGUACUAUUUCGCCCAAGUCGGUCGAACGGAUCGUCUCCGUAGAGGCGCCUGGACAACGUCCAACCUCAUCAGCGUCGCAAGUGGCUUUGCUGCCGUCGGGUUUCGCCAGACAAAUGUUAUCUGGGUCGUCUUUGUUGUGGGCUCUGAAAUCGUCAGCGACUUGGAAGCCGCCCAUGCGACGGCUCUGUAUGGACCGGGCGAUGGUGCUGCAGCUUCGACUGCCGUUGGGCUCGACUCGACGCUGCUUGCGUUUGUGGUCGUCUUACUCAAAAACAGUCGACGACUGUUCACGUUGUUCUGGCCCCACCUGUCGAUUUUGGUUGCAUUUGGCAUAUUUCUCGUCUACAACGGGUCGAUCACUGUGGGCGACAAGGCCAACCACGUGGCUACGUUUCACUUUGGUCAGAUCCUGUACUUUAGCGUCGUCUGCGCCAGUGGCCUCGGCCUCGCGUGCUUGGAUCCUCAGAACGUGGGCCGUUUCUUCAAGACCUUGGGCCACCGCCAAUCCGUUGGUUGGGCAUUUCUUGUCGGGGCCAUCUUCCUUGGCCUCAUCUUUUGCUUCAGCGACGUCCACCCGUUCAUGUUGGCCGACAACCGCCACUUCACAUUUUACAUUUGGAAGCGCUUCUUCCUCAAACACCCCCUGAUGAAGCUCGUGCCGGCUCCAUUGUAUGCGUACUGCCUGUGGUUGCUCUGGCAAAACUUACGCGCGGCCACGUCCCCUCUGCGCGCGACCGUGUUCUUCGUCGCGACGGCGCUCGUCUUGAUCCCAACUCCGUUGGUCGAGCCUCGGUACUACAUCGUGCCUUUCGUACUCUACCACGUCAACGCAAAGAACCAACCGCUGCACCACCUCGUGUGGAUCUCGGUCAGCUAUGGCGUUGUCAACGCCUGGACGAUUUCCAUCUAUUUGUUCAAGCCAUUCACGUGGCCCGACGGGACCGAAGCCAGGUUUAUGUGGUAAAGAUGAACAGCGAUCGUCAAUCCGCCCAGCGAGGGACGAGCCACGUUGUCAGAAAUCGUACUUCACUGCCUUCAAGUACAGACCAUGGGCAGGGGCCAUGCGAGGCGCAAGCUGCCGGUUGCGGCCGUCGAGAAUUCGCCCAAUGUCAUGGGGUUGCAACCUGUGUUGGCCGACGUCGACCAGAGCGCCGACAAUGUUGCGCACCAUGUGAUACAAGAACGACGGAGCGGACGCUUCCACGUUGAUCAGUUGCAAGUCGUUGCCAAAUGCAAAAUUGGAGGGAAGGUCGACGACUUGGACGCCAACGUGGUCCACGGUUUUGACCGGUGUCAGCGCUUGGCACUUGAUUCCGCGAAAGCUCGUAAAGUCAUGUUUCCCCACGAAGUACGAACACGCCUCGGCCAUGGCGUUGACGUCGAGAGGCAUGGGCACGUGCCAUGCCGUGUCUCGGGUGAAGAGCGUCGACGGAGUCAAGUUCUUGGCCCAUAGCCUCGCCUCGGAUCGCUCUCUCGGAGCGUAGAUCUGAUAGAUGUAGUCUCGCCCGCUCGCGUGGAACCGCGAGUGAAAGUCCAUCGACACCGCUUCUACUUUUCGUAUCACGAUAGGUUGGUUGUGCUCGCGGAGCAACGAAUUCAUGCAAUUACGAACGACCUCGGGGGAAUGGGG